UAACAUGUUUUUAGUACGUACUGAAGAUACAUACAAAAAAAAAAAUACGUAUGUAUUUUCAACAGGGUACGUGGAUUAAAAAAUAAUUAAUUUGUAUCAUCCAUAGAUGAUGGCUGCAGAGGUUACGAGAGAGGUUACACAUGCUCGUGUAAAAUAUUUAACAGAUGAUUUCGAAUAAGCCGAAGUACAGGAAGGACUUUGAUGGAACUAAAGUUUACAAAGCUAAGUACCAGGAUGAGAAAAAUCCGAAAGGAGACAUCUUAAAAAUUCAAAUAGCUGAUUUAGCCUGUGGACUUGAUGAAGUAGAGGAAUUAGAGAGUACUCGACCAAAAUUUGCUCGGCUUCAUAAAGAUGACAUUCCAAGUACAAGUUAUGAUAACGAGACGAAUGAAGUAAAUUCAGAUGAACUAGAAACGAGUGAACAAGAAAGUGAUGUACCACAAACUAAGAGAAUGAAAAUCAUUAAGAAAAAGAAGAUUGUAAACAAACGUGGAUGUUCAAUUAUCAACCAGCUUAGUAAGCCCAGGAAUUCAUUAACAUUUUAUGAUAGCAAUGAUGAGACAGAUGAUUUAGCAAGUAACCAUGAAGCAUAUCCUUUGGCUUUCUCAACUAUACGUAACAACCACAGCAAUGCUGGUUUACCAGAAGAGAUUUUACCAGGGAGACAGAAUCAUAACGGAGAACCUGUACUAGAAGAAAAUGGUCAACGAAACCCAGAAGAAAAUGUACAUAAUCAAUCGAACGCAGAAGAAGAUGCACUUAAUCAAUCAAACGCAGAAGAAAAUGAACAUAAUCAGCCAGAUGUGGAUAACGAACCUAUACCAGAAAAGAAUUACUCAAUGAACAAUAAAUUUCUAAGUAAAUUCAUCAUUGAUUCAAUUGAUUAUUAUAAAGCAACGGAAGGUCAUGGAUAUGAGCAGAGAAAUGCUCGCUAUAAACCAAUAAACGAUACAGCAGAGCUUUACCUCGGUGAAGAAAAAACUGUAAGACCAGAUGUAUGGAGAAUAUUGCAGACAGAAAAGCCUAAUGUGUUUUUGAGAGAAAUCAUAAUGAAGUUGUGGACAGCUAGAGAUUUGGCAAAUAGAGCUCUCGAUUUAAAGAAAGUACAUAUAAAUAUACCAAAUAGGUCGCCAGUAAAACGAAUUCAACUAAAUUUGUUAAGGCUAUUAAUAAGUAUAUUAAAUGAUUUCUUGGAACGUCAAAGAGGAUAUUCGCCUGAGGAAAAGGCUAAAAUUUUGAAAGGUUCAACUCAUAUUUUAUCUUAAAAAAUCAGAGAUUUACGAAGUCAAGAAAGAGGAAAAAGCGUAGCAAGAAAGCGUAUAUCUUACAACUAAUAAUUUAGAAUUAAAAAAAAAAUAAUUCUAAGGUUUACUGUGAUCUUUAACGAAAAAAAGUUUAAUUAAUGUAAGAUUUCAAAUCAAAACAAAAGUAUUAGUUAUUUUUACUGUUAGAUACUUAAACAGUUUUUUUAUUUUUAUAUAUUUUCAUUGCAAUUACGUGCUUA